UGGAUUCUCCGCUGGAUUCUUCAAUUUCCGCCUAUUUCGAAGUUCUUGCUGCUCGUUGAAAGCUUUGGUUCAUGGUAAACUUAGCGAGGUAGUGCUCGAUUCUACCGUUUUCUUUUUCCCUUUUCUCAUCUUCAGCUACGACUUCCUGAAUGAUUUCGACCAGUUCAGUCGCUUCGUGUUCCCGCAUCUCCCGGCGCCAUUUCCGCCGCUCCUUCCGCUCACUACCCGCUCUUGCCGUCACCGUCGCGUCUAUUCUCGUGUCAGAACGUUCACUCUUCGUUCCCGCAUCCCCAUCGUGCGCCGCGAGAGGCGGGCUACCCAGCAGCGACUAUACUGGCAAGGCCCGUGACAGCUUGGGGAAAACGGAAGGAACGGAGCCGGCGACAGCGACGCAAGAGGGAGGCAGCGGCAAUAUAGGAGGGGAAGGCGAGAAGGAUUCGGAGUUUUGGGAGCGUGUGAGGCGGAGCGGAAGCAUGAGCUGGACGUGCCAUGGCGAGACUAACGGCCAGAUGGUGGAUAAGCUGCUCCGGAGCGGAAUCGUCCAAUCGGAGGGCAUCGCGGAGGCCAUGAAGCAGAUUGACCGCGCUGACUUUGUGUUAACCAAGUCAAGGGCCUAUGACGACUCGCCUCAACCCAUAGGUUUCAACGCCACCAUUUCAGCACCCCACAUGCACGGCUACUGCCUCUCUAUUCUCGAGAAACACCUCCAGCCCGGCAACAGGGUCCUCGACGUGGGGUCGGGAUCCGGUUACCUGACAGCUGUCAUGGCGCUACUGGUCGGCCCCACGGGGCGGGCGGUGGGCGUGGAGCACAUCCCCGAGCUCGUGGAGCGGUCCCGGGCGGCAGUGAAAGCAGGGCGGGCGGCAGAACUCAUGGAGAAGGGACAGCUGUCGAUUCAUGAGGCGGAUGGCCGGGAGGGGUACCCUGAUGCCGGGCCGUAUGAUGCCAUCCAUGUGGGGGCUGCUGCUCCUGAGCUCCCCCAAGCCCUGGUGGAUCAGCUGAAGCCAGGCGGCAGACUGGUCAUCCCCAUCGGGCGCUUCAUGCAGGACCUAGAGGUGAUUGACAAGGCUGCAGACGGCACUGUCACGCGCACGUCAGCCAUGGGCGUGCGAUACGUGCCGCUGACUGCUAAGGACAGGCAGCUGGAAGGGCACUGAGUGAGUGGGGGGGGAGUGAGUGUGUGAGUGGGGGGGGAGUGAGUGUGUGAGUGGGUGCAUUGAAGGAGGGACAGGCAGGAGGGGGGUGCAGCAUGUCGGCCAUGGCCGUGCGCUACGUGCUGCUGACCGGUAGAGUCAGGCAACUGGAAGGGCAGUGAGGGGCAGUGAGCGGGUGAUGGAGGAAGUGAGUGAGUGAGUGGGUGGGUGUAUCGGAGGAGGGACAGGCAGGAGGGGGUUGCAGCACGUCAGCUAUGGGCGUGCGCUACGUGGCGCUGACCGCGAAAGACAGGCAGCUGGAGGGGUAGUGAGUGGGUUCAGCAUGCGUGCGGCAUGUUGGUGGGUAUCUGGUAGACAAGGCAGCAGAUGGCACGUGCACGCCAGCCAUGGGAGUGCGGGACGUGCCACUGGAAAGACAGGCAAUGAGUAGGUGGUAGGUGGGCUUAGUGAGCAUUGAGCUCUUGGCACCGGGGCUUUAAGCCCCACAUGAGACAGAUGACUCCCCUCCCAGUCAGAACCUUAGCUGCAACAAACCUGUGUUAGGGUUUACAGGGUGAAGACCCAUGUGCUGGGUGUCGGACCACUCUGUGUGUGCAUGUUCUGUACUCUCUAAUGUACAUAUAGCGCCCUCUGGCAGGUGGCUCCUUCCUGGGCAUACAGCAUUGACCGUGUGAUGUGUGAUCAUGUGAUAUCAUUGGGCCAAUUGAGAGAUUUCGCAU